AUGUCUGCAACCGACGACCUUAAACACGCUGCUGGCGACGUCAACCACGCUGCCGGAAAGGUCGUGCACGAUGCCGAGGCCGCCGGCUACGAGCUGAAGGAGAAGGCCGAGAGUGCUGCCGAAGAUGCGAAAGACAAGGCGGUCGAGGUGAAGGAAGAUGUUAAGGAGAAUGCGCAAUGGGCAGCAGAGAAGACUGAAGAGAAUGCAAAGGCGGCUGUGGAGAGUGCGCAGCAAAAAGCGAAGGCUGCGGCGGACAAGAUGGCAGAUGCUGCGGCGCGAGCGGAUCCUCGCGAUCUGAAGCCCAGGAACAUUCUUGACGGAUUGAAGAACGUGGACAGGACGAUUCUGCGAUUGAACAAGUGCGUCUCGUUCCCAUCUGAUCUGCGCGGUCUCUCGGCCUUCCUCUCCACCUUCAACUACUCUCUCUACAUCCUCGCCUACCUGCAGUCCAAAUCCCUGACCCUCUCCGCCCUCGCCACCCGCAUCCUCGCGCUCGUCCGCCCCGCCUGCGACGACACCAAGAUCCCCGCCACCACGCUGAUCAACAACGCGGGCAUCCCGCCCGUCGCCGCCCUCGCCGUCCUCAUCUCCAAAGCCCGCACAACCCUGCGCCUCUUCGGCCUCUUCCCGCUCUACGCAUGGCUGCGCACGCUGCUCGCCGGCCCGAAACCCGGCGCAGACGUGGUCCUGCACCGCAUCGCGCUCCUCCAAGCGACUAGCUACGCGACCUACCAGGCGCUCGAGAACAUCUGCCUGCUCGCCGACUCGGGUGUGAUUUCGCCCUCGUUCAUCGCGCGCAUCAAUCAAGCGAAUCCCAAGACCGCCCGCUUGUAUCUGUGGGCAUAUCGCGCGUGGCUGGGCGGCGUGAGCUGCGACUUCUUGCGCCUGGGGCGUGAGUGGCAAUUAGAGGCGAAGCGCCGCGCGACCAGGCGGCAGAUGGUGGCGGAUGGGCGCGCGAUUGCAGAGUAUCAGGACGAGGAAGACAAGAAGUUUGAUGGCAGGUGGUGGACGGAUGCGAUGAUUGCCAGCGCGUGGUUGCCCAUGGCGCUUCAUUUUUUCGAGCGCCACGGGUGGAUUGCCAGGAUGGAAUUUUUGGGGUGGGAUGGGGGUGUGUGGACUGGUUGCAGGCGGGACGAGGGCGAAGGCCCUUGUGGCGCAGUACUGCAUAGAGUGAGCAUGGGAGGAUGAUACCUUGGUCAAGACUGUAUAUUGCGGGCUGGUGGUGAUUUGAUAUUUCGCGGGUGGUCGUCUCUAUAUCCUGCGAUUUCGAUUGAUGCUUCUCUAAAGCAUUGGAUUUUAAUGCACGUUGAUAUACUUUGUAAA